ACCGUCAACCACUGUAAGCGGUAGUUGAAUGUCCACGUUAACUGAUGAUUGACAGCCGUCAGAACAUUUCGCGCAGAUUUGGGCAGAAGCAGACUGAUCAUGAGCACAGAGACUCAUGUGAAGGACGUUAAACCUGGACUCAAGAAUCUCAGUGUCAUCUUCAUCGUGCUGGAAACAGGACGAGUGACGAAGACCAAAGACGGUCAUGAGGUGCGCACAUGUAAAGUGGCUGACAAGACAGGCAGCAUCAGUAUAUCCGUUUGGGACGAAGUCGGUGGCCUCAUCCAGGCUGGUGACAUCAUCAGACUUAACAAAGGUUAUGCCUCAGUUUUUAAAGGCUGUUUGACGCUGUACACUGGAAGGGGAGGUGAACUACAGAAGAUUGGAGAAUUCUGCAUGGUGUAUUCAGAGGUGCCAAACUUUAGUGAGCCAAAUCCAGAAUAUUUGGCCCAGAUGAAUAAAACGGGACUGAAUGACCAGAGCAACAUGAACAGCAGCACUGCUGCCCCUGCAGGUAAUGACACUCCCAAUGGAAAUGGGGUGAAUUCUCAAGGCUCUGGCAACUCUACUAAUCCACAGCCGGGUAGACGAGCAAGUAGUGGAAAUGGAAACAGGUCAACACCAAGCCCGGGUGUGGGAGGAAGUACUGUGAGCAAUGGCAAGGAGACACGACGAAUGGUCAAAAGAUGAUUUUGUUCAGUAAUGAAUCAGCAUACAGUAAUAAUUUCAAAAUGGUUGUGAGCAGCUAUUUGU